GAUGUCAAUUUAAGAAAACUUGAACCAUUAGCGCGGCAGGUCAGAUACAUUUUUCAAGUCAAACAUUUAGAGGUGAAAACACAAGAAAAAAAUAAGCAAAGUAUUUCGGUCAAAACAAUUGUAAUUUAAAAACGACCUGACCCGCCCAUUUGAAGUUUAGAGAAUCUUUAACUCCCAGCCAACCAUCGCAACCAGUCAAGUUUUACAACCAUGUUGAAUCUCGGCAACCAGCGUCAACGCCAGCAUAUUUUCGCUUCUUUUUUCGUCGCGAGUUUUUUACUCGCCGCUCUACAGAGCGUAACGGCUGGAGAAUAUUUCUCCUACGAGCCUGAUGACCAGUCCAUCAACACAUGGCUGGCCACACUGAUGCAACACUACAACCAGCAGACGACGACAUCCAGGCCAUACGUCUUUUCACAGUCCCAGCUGGACUACAUCAAGAGGCUUCUACAUGGAUUAUCUCCCGCUAAUCUGGACGAGGAGCAGGUAGAAGAGAUCCAGGAAUAUUUGAACGGUAAUCAGGGCGUGGAGCAGCAGACGGUGGGGUUAGAGCCGACGUCAGAUGAGCAGGAGCAGACGGAGCACACAGAGCAGGAGCAGGAAGAAAUCACCAACGUCCCACAGGUGGACAACAACGAGGAGGACGACGACUCGGACGAAGAGCAAUGUUCAGGCUACAAAGCUGACCCGGCCAACAUCCGCUACUUCCUGCAGUUUGACGGCAUCAGCUGGGUCAAGGUCGCGUGUCCACCUGGUCUAGGUUUCGAUGCUGAGACCUGCGCCUGCAGCAUCAGGUUGACAGCUUACACACCGAAGACCACCACAACCACUAAGAGGACCACCACCACUACCACACCAACAACCACCACUACCACCCCCACCACCACUACUACAAGAAGAACAACUACCACUACACCUACCACCACCACCACUACCCCAACCACUACCACUAGAAGAACAACCACGACUACACCAACCACGACCACCACCACCCCCACCACAACAAGAAGGUCCACAACCACCACGACAACCACCACACGAAAGACCAGCACGACUAAGCCAAGCAUAGAUCUCUGCAAGGAUUGUGUCAUUCUCCAUGGAGUUGGCUACGCCCCUUUCCCUGGCCACUGCGAUGCCUACAUUCAGUGCCAGUAUUACGGCGAUGUCCCCACCGUGGUCAACAUCAGACGAUGCUCACCUGGCACGUUCUGGAACCAGGAGAAACUUACCUGUGACUUUGAAGAAAAUGUCAAGUGCGUUACAGUGGGUAACUGCCCCAACCACAAGACCAUAGAGGGCGACAGACGGGCGUAUCUGGUGUUCAACGGCUACAGCUGGAACCGCAUUGCUUGUCCAUCAGACCGUACAUACAGUGACGUCACCUGUGGCUGCACUGACACCUGGGAGGGUCAUGGCAACUUUGAAACCUGUCACGAUAAAAAGGCCAUCCCCAACGACAGGACCGGGUUCCUGCAACUGACCGGAAGUGGGUGGGUGCGCAUGCCCUGUCCCAAAACUCUGGGCUAUGACGUGUCAACCUGCAGGUGCACUGACAAGCUGGAGAUGACGGAAUACAACAACAACUGCCCAAACCAAAAGCCCAUCACAGGUGACAGAACCGGAUUCCUCCAGUUUACCGGCGCCACCUGGCUCAGGAUGCCAUGUCCAGCUACCCUGGGCUACGACCAACGCACCUGUCAAUGCUCUGUGUACUUAAAUGAUAACGACGACAGCGAGAGUGUCGACAAGGAUGACGAGUGCAAGCCCGCCCUGAAGAUGACCUUUGAUGACAACAGCGCCACUGACCUCUCGGAGAAUCAGUUCUGGGUCAACAACACCGGCGUCACCUUCCGUGACGGCAAAGCUUACUUUGACGGCAAGGCCCGGCUCACCGUCCCUGGCUUCUCUAACAUGGAGCUUGGAAACACGGUAUUCGUCAGCCUCAAGUUGAAACAAACUGCCGGCGUCAGUCAGCAGACGAUCUUCACCAACGGUGACUGUGGGGAGAGCCAGUCCAUCGGCGUCUGCGCAGGUCAGGACACUGUCCAGUUCUACGCCUUGACCAGCGCACAGAAGGCGCCGGCUCGAGUUAUAGUGUCUAAACAUGUUGGCGAGUGGCAGUAUGUUAUGUAUGCCCUGGAAAAGGGACAUCUUCAAGGCUACGUGGGCACCAACACCAACUCUCAGGACAUCAAAGGUACGCUGGUGAGAACCCAUAGAGGUCUGGUCAUUGGAGCAGGUGGGGAAUGUCAGGACUUUGUUGGCGUCAUUGAUGAGAUUACCGUGUACUUCUGUCGACCAUCAUAAAAGAAAGAUAAAAAGAAAAACUUGAAGAACUUUUGUGAUAACACUGGAGAUGUUUCAAACAAUAGAAAAAAAAAGAAAGCCAACAAAAUGAAAUCCAGCUAAUUAACAUUGACAACCAGUUAAUUAAUUACAUAAUGACGUGUGCAUCCAGUGACGUAAAAUUAAAAGUUACAAAUCGUUUCAA